GCCCUGGCAUUGCGUUUGUGGUAUAUCCUGAAGCCUUAACUAGGCUUCCACUUUCACCAUUUUGGGCUAUAAUCUUCUUCUUGAUGCUUCUUACACUUGGAUUGGACACAAUGUUUGCCACUAUUGAAACGAUAGUGACAUCUGUUUCAGAUGAAUUUCCAAAGUAUUUACGUACCCACAAGCCAUUAUUCACCCUUGGAUGCUGCAUUUCCUUUUUCAUCAUGGGUUUUCCUAUGAUCACUCAGGGUGGGAUGUACAUGUUGCAGCUUGUGGACACCUAUGCAGCAUCUUAUUCUCUUGUUAUAAUAGCCAUCUUUGAACUUGUUGGCAUUUCGUACAUUUAUGGCUUGCAAAGAUUUUGUGAAGACAUUCAAAUGAUGAUUGGAUUCCAGCCAAAUAAAUUCUGGAGAAUCUGUUGGGCUUUUGUGACCCCAACUAUUUUAACAUUCAUCCUUUGCUUCAGCUUCUAUCAGUGGGAGCCAAUGACUUAUGGCACCUAUCAUUAUCCAGGCUGGUCAAUGGUGUUAGGAUGGUUGAUGUUGGCUUGUUCUGUUAUUUGGAUUCCUGUUAUGUUUGUGAUAAAAAUGCACCUAGCUCCUGGGAACUUUAUCGAGAGGCUCAAGUUGGUCUGCUCUCCACAGCCAGACUGGGGGCCAUUUUUGGCUAAACAUCGUGGUGAACGUUAUCAGAAUAUGAUAGACCCACUGGGAACGUCUUCCCUUGGACUUAAACUGCCACCAAAAGAUUUUGAAUUGGAGAUGCAAUGCUAG